CGUGUGCUUACAAAAACAAGUGCUUGAUCCAUCGUCAGCGAGAAGCGGAGGUUCUUCAUUCGACAUCUACGGCGCCAUCUUAUUGCUUUGAGCGAGGUAGAUCGAGACAAAUAGACAAGGUUGUCAUCAUCACUGGUAAUUAUGAGCGGAGCUAGAGCUCGCAUCGACCCGCCUGUUGCUACUGAGAAUGUCUCGAUCACCGGGCACAGUUCCGCGGCUGCUGCGCGGGAGCGCAAGCCAGGUGGAGGGGUUCUGAAGAGACUCAAGUCUCGGCAAAGCCAGGUGGAUAGUAGGCCCGUCACAGAAGAUGAUCUUCGAACACAAAUUGGCCACAUCACCCCUGAAGAGGUCCUAAGAUUGCGGGUUGCUACUCGGGGGUACCUGUGUAAACCAGAGGACAACAUCUUCGACAUAGAUUUCAUCCGCUUUAAAAUCAGAGACUUGGAGACAGGGACUGUGUUGUUUGAAAUUGUAAAACCACCUCAUACGGAGGAAGAUGAGGAGAAUGGAGAGGGAGACAUGAGUGCCGGACGUUUUGUAUGCUACCAGUUCACCACUGCAUUCCUACAACUGAGGACUGUGGAGCCACGUGCAGUGGAGUUUACGGUUGGUAACCGGCCUCUGAACAGCUUCAGGAUGAUUGAAAGGCACUACUUCAGGGAUCACCUCCUGAAGAGCUUUGACUUUGACUUCGGCUUCUGUAUCCCAAACAGCCGCAACACCUGCGAACACAUCUACGAGUUCCCUCAGCUGUCUGAGAGCUUGGUUCAUCAGAUGGUGGAGCAUCCCUACGAGACGAGAUCGGACAGCUUCUACUUCGUAGACAACAGACUGGUCAUGCACAACAAGGCAGACUACUCUUAUAACGGGGGCAGGCGUUGAGUCUGUUAUGUGCCUSUUUGUGUGUGUGUGUGUAUGUUUGUGUGUGUGCUGUGCCAAAGCCUAUACUCACACAAACAGACUCUCACCCAAGUGUUGAGUACUGUAAGUUAAACAAACUCUAUUGUCAUGGCAUAGCUGCUAGUAUGGAAAAGUUUAAGAACAGCAGGACAGAUCCACAUUAGAGCCAAAUAGACUACUGGCAAUAGUAUGGCAACAUUCUGCCAUAUAGUGCUUUGUCUUUCUCUCACCAAAAAUGAAAUGUGUUUCAGCUAACCAAGUGAUUUAUGUUAGUGUGUAAAAGGACAGUUAAUGUACUGUUCACUCUUUGACUUUUAGGGGGAGUCAUACUCAUAAAGGACCAGACAAUGCCCACAUACAUACAUACAGACAGGCAGACUGACAGGCAGAUAGGCAGACAGAUAUAGAAACAAUCUCCCUCGCUCCCUCCUUCCCUCUCCUUCUCUCUAUUUCUCUCUCUCUGUCGUUACCUGCUGUGCCCACCCGCCACUCUAGAUGUAUUAAUAAGAGAGGAAGGGGGAAGACACACACAAACCCACUCACACACACUCACUGUCAAACACACAUGCCAGCUCACUCACAUACAGUGCCUAGUGAAAGUCUACACACCACUUGCUUGUCCCCAGCAGGGACUUGUGAGUUUGUCAGGAUCAAAAUAAAUAUGAAACAAGCAAAGCCCAGGUAAGAAGUUAGAGGAAAACCUGCCUCAGUCUUCUGAAUACCCUGGGAUAGAGUUUUAUUUUACAGCAAGACAAUUACACCAAUGUUAAUGCCAAAGACACACCAGAAUGGCUUUCAAAGUGGUGUUGAGUGUUUCUGAAUGGUCCAGUCUCAGUCCUGACUUAAAUCUGCUUGAAAAAUCUGAAACAAGGUUUGAAUAUUGCUGCCCAUCAAUGAUUCCCUUCCAAAUGUACUGAGCUCGAGCAAUUUUGACAAAAACUAUGGAUAUAUGUUGCCCUAAGAGUUGUGCAUAGGUGGUAGAAUCUUAUUCAAGAUGAUUUACAGCUGUAAUUGCUGACAAAGUUGCUUCUACCAUAUAUUAACUAUGGGGUCUGAAGACAUCUUAAUUAUUAUAAUAUAUAUUUUUUAAGUUCUAUACUUUUUCUUUCACUUUGAAAAUGUGGAGCUUGUUGUGUA